CCAUUCGUAUUUUGUUGGUCGUAAAAACUAAGGAAAAAAAUUAUAAUCACAAAUACAAGCGACAUGCGGUUGAUAAAAACCAAGGACCGUUAUUAUUUGCACCAAAAAUAAUCUGAUUAAAGAAAAGGGCUAACAACAAACAAACGAGAACGACACACACAAACGCAGACUUCACAGGCAGAAGUAGAAGAAGAAGAAAAAAAAGCGAAUUAGGAAACUAAAAGUUAAUCCAUAAGAAGGGAAUUGGGCGUAGCAAAUUUUGUGCGGUUGUGGUUGUUUUAGUAGCAAAUGAAUGAAUCAUGAUGACUGGGAUCAGGAGGGAUAGUUGUCGAUGGGCACUCCUGACAACAAACUAUCUGAUCUGAUUGAUAUAGUUAAGUCGUGGAUCCCUAGAAGGAAUGAGCCGCCGAAUGUGUCGAGGGACUUUUGGAUGCCCGACCAGAGUUGUAGGGUAUGCUACGAGUGUGACUCCCAAUUUACAGUUUUUAACCGUAGACAUCAUUGUCGACUUUGUGGCCGAGUUUUUUGUGCCAAGUGUACUGCAAACUCAGUUCCUGCCCCAUCUGAUGAGCCAAGGGCUGGUCGGGAAGAUUUGGAAAGGAUUAGGGUAUGCAAUUAUUGUUUCAAGCAAUGGGAGCAGGGGAUAAGAACUGCUGAGAAUGGGACUAAAGUACCUAGUCCUGGUCUCAGUCCAUCACCAUCUGCAACAAGCUUGGCCAGUUCCAAGUCCAGCUGCACUGGUGUUAGUAGUAGCAGCACUGUUGGUUCUACUCCGUAUUCAACUGGACCUUACCACUGUGUGAAUUUUAAUUCCGUUGUUAGCCCUUGUGGAUCUGCUCAGAUGAAUGGAUCUGCUGAACAAAACAAUGAGACAUUUGCAACGAGCACAAAUCCAAGUUCAGCCAUUGUAGAUUCUUCUUCAAACCAUUUUGGCUUUUGUGGUAACAGGUACCUUUCUACUGAUCAAAACCUAAUGCUUUCUUAACUGUUGGGUCCUGGAGUGAUGAUGACAUAUCGCUUGGAUUCAGAAUCAAGGCAAGAUUGUCAUUCCAAAGAGUAUUUUGGUGCUAUCAAUAUUGAUGAAAUUGACUGUGCUUAUGGAUCAGUUAAACUUCAACCUAAUGGGGAGAACCUUUAUGCAAAAUCUUUGAGUGGCUCACCUUUAGCUGAGAAUUCCAAUAAACAAAUUGUGGAUGGGAUUAAGAAAUUUGAAGAAAUAAAUGGGCAAGAGAAUGCCGAGCAGGGUGAAGCUCUUGAUUAUGAAGUGGAUGGUACAAAUGCCAAGCCUGUGGAUUUUGAGAAUGAUAUGCUACUGUGGCUCCCUCCAGAACCUGAGGAUGAAGAGGAUGAGAGAGAAGCUGCUCUAUUCGAUGAUGAUGAUGAGGGUGCUACAGGGGAGUGGGGAUAUUUGCGCUCUUCAAAUAGCUUUGGCAGUGGGGACUACCGAAGUAGGGAUAAGUCCACUGAGGAGCAGAGGCAGGCCAUGAAAAAUGUGGUGGAAGGGCAUUUUAGAGCUUUGGUAGCUCAGAUUUUGCAGGUUGAAAACCUCUUUGUGGAUAAUGAGGACGGUGCACAAAGUUGGUUGGAUAUAAUAAUUUCUUUGUCUUGGGAAGCUGCAACACUUUUGAAGCCAGAUACAAGCAAGGGAGGUGGAAUGGAUCCUGGAGGAUAUGUGAAAGUUAAAUGCAUAGCUUCUGGGCAUCGCAGUGAAAGUGCUGUGGUAAAAGGAGUUGUUUGUAAGAAAAAUGUGGCUCAUCGACGAAUGACAUCAAAAAUAGAUAAACCUCGUUUUCUAAUCCUUGGAGGAGCUUUGGAAUAUCAGCGCAUUUCUAACCACUUGUCAAGUUUUGAUACGUUGUUGCAGCAGGAAAUGGACCAUCUUAAGAUGGCAGUUGCUAAAAUUGAUGCACAUCAUCCUAAGGUUCUUUUGGUGGAGAAAUCCGUGUCCAGAUAUGCCCAAGAGUAUCUUCUUGACAAAGGCAUAUCACUUGUUCUCAAUAUUAAGAGGCCACUUUUAGAGCGUAUAGCCCGCUGCACUGGUGCUCAAAUAGUUCCUUCCAUUGAUCGUCUUACAUCACCGAAGCUAGGGUAUUGUGAUGUGUUCCAUGUGGAGAAAUUUCUUGAGGAGCAUGGAAGUGCUGGGCAAGGAGGGAAGAAAUUGACGAAGACUCUAAUGUUUUUUGAGGGUUGCCCUAAGCCUCUGGGGUAUACUUCGGGUUCAAUGCUUCCUUUGUUUCCGAUUUUACUCAAAGGAGCCAGUGGAGAUGAGUUGAAAAGGGUGAAACAUGUGGUCCAAUAUGGUGUUUUUGCAGCUUAUCACUUGGCUGUUGAGACAUCAUUUCUAGCUGAUGAAGGGGCUAUGCUUCCAGAGCUCCCAUUAAAAUCUCCUUUAACUGUUGCCUUACCCGAUAAACCAUCAAGUAUUGACAGGUCUAUUUCUGUCAUACCUGGUUUUACCAUCUCAUCCUCCGGGAAGCCCAUUGUUUCUCAAACUAUAGAUGAAGUGCAGAAAUCCAACAAAGCAAUAUCUGUUAGAUCAUCAUCUGACAGCAUUGACCCACCUGGCAAAUGCACUGGGGUCAGUUCAUCUUGCUUGUCAAAAGGUACUCAUGCUUAAAUUACAUCCAAGGGAUCUCCCUCAGAGUUGAUCGAAAUUAUUGGUUCACUGUCUGAUUCAGGGGCGUAUAUAUCUUAUAACGAUGUUCCCUCCCUAAAUCAUGCAUUUAGCAAGGUCGAUGGAGUGGAUCCUAAAGAAUCUGUUGAGACACCAGCUAGCAUUGGAGAAGCUUUAAUGGGUGACCAAUUCCUAUCAAAGGCCCCAGAGCAGGGUGGUGCCAAUAAUCAUGCUGACAGCAAUAUGUUGUCUGCAAAUCAUGUAGGUGGCACAGGGUUGGCCUCCUCAAAUCGAGAGACUAUUAACAGCAAUGAGGAGGUGGCAUCCUCAAAGGAAGAGUUUCCUCCAUCACCUUCAGACCACCAGAGCAUUUUGGUAUCGUUAUCAACACGUUGUGUGUGGAAGGGAACUGUGUGUGAGCGGUCCCAUCUCUUGCGAAUCAAAUACUAUGGUAGUUUUGAUAAGCCUUUGGGGCGGUUUUUACGAGAUAAUCUGUUUGAUCAGAACACCCAUUGUCGCUCGUGUGAGAUGCCAUCCGAGGCACAUGUUCAUUGUUAUACUCAUAGGCAAGGUAGCCUGACGAUAUCUGUCAAGAAACUACAAGAUCUUCCCUUACCAGGAGAGCGGGAAGGCAAGAUUUGGAUGUGGCAUAGAUGCUUGCAAUGCCCUCGAAUCAAGGGAUUCCCCCCAGCCACUCGAAGAGUUGUAAUGUCUGAUGCUGCUUGGGGUUUAUCCUUUGGGAAAUUUUUGGAGCUUAGCUUUUCGAACCAUGCAGCUGCUAGCAGAGUUGCAAGCUGUGGUCAUUCCCUUCACAGGGAUUGCCUUCGAUUCUAUGGUUUCGGGAGAAUGGUUGCUUGUUUCCGAUAUGCUUCAAUUGAUGUUCAUUCUAUUUAUCUUCCACCUUCCAAACUGGAAUUUAAUUAUGAAAAUCAAGAGUGGAUGCAAGCCGAAGCAAAUGAGGUGAGUAACAGGGCAGAAUUCCUAUUUAAUGAAGUGUACAAUGCACUUCAAAGGAUUUCAGAGAAAUUAUUAGCUUCAGAGUCCCAAAAUAGUGGCAUAAAGGCACCUGAAAGAAGAAUCUGUAUCGAAGAACUGGAAGCAAUGCUGCAAAAAGAUAGGAAAGAGUUUCAGGAAGUGAUUUGUAAGGAGUUGAAAGUUGGCCAACCUGUUACUGACAUUCUUGAAAUCAAUAAGUUGCGGAGGCAGAUACUCUUUCUUUCUUAUGUUUGGGACCAAAGGCUGAUACAUGUACAUAGUUCGGUUAACAAUAAUGUCCAGGAAAUUAUGAGCAGUUCCAUCCCAAAACUUGGACUGAAGCCUGUAAGUUCUGUGGAGAAGUUUGUUGAGAUGAAUGUCACUCCCAAACCAAGUAAAGCCUUUAGCAGUUUUAGCUCUGCUGUAGUUGAGACCAAGCCUGAUAUAGACAUAAAUCAUGGAGGCAAUGCUGAUGAAAUCAGCAAGCCAGGUGGAGAUCACAAAGAAAGGGGUAUGGACCAGGACUUCCAUGAAAAGAAGGAGGCUGAACCUUCUCUUUCUUCUAGUGCAACCAAUUCUCUAGAAUAUGCAAAAGUUGUCCUGCUGGAAGGGGAAUUUCCUGUUAUGGCUAAUUUAUCUGACACCCUUGAGGCAGCAUGGACUGGCAAAAGUCAUCCAGCUAGUGUUGUUCCUAAGGAGAAUGGUCACUCUGUUCCUGAUUCAGUCAUUACAGAUGUGUCAGCUGCAGUAAAUUCAGAUCUGGGAAGUUGUGCUAGUGAUUCUAAUGAAGUGGAAGUGGCUCAUUCUCCUCAGUCUGCUUUGCCUACUAAGGGACUUGAAAAUAAGGAGAAGUCUAUGAGCCAGGCAAGCAUGCCGUUUCCAAAUGUCCACAACUCAUUUAACAAGAAAUCUUUUUUCAAUGCUCUAAAACUCAGUAUUGGUGAGUACAAUCCAGUCUAUGUCUCAUCAUUGACGGAGUUGGAAAGGCAAAGUGGUGCCAGGCUGCUGCUUCCUAUUGGUGUUAAUGACACAGUAGUGCCUGUUUAUGAUGAUGAGCCAACUAGUAUUAUAUCAUAUGCACUUGUCUCAUCAGAUUAUCACUCACAGAUGUCUGAGUUGGAGAAACCAAAAGAUGCUUCAGAUUCUGCAGUUUCAUCGUCAUUUUUUGAUUCAGUGAAUUCACUCUCACUUAAUUCUUUUAACGACUUAUCAUCUGAUGCAUACAGAAGUUUUGGAUCUGGUGAUGAUAGUAUCUUGUCUUUGUCUGGGUCAUUUAGCUCCCUGGUUUCCGACCCUAUCUCAUACACACAGGAUUUGCAUGCCAGAGUUUCUUUUACAGAUGAUGGCCCCCUUGGGAAGGUGAAGUAUUCUGUAACUUGUUAUUAUGCAAAGCGUUUUGAGAGCUUGAGGAGGACUUGCUGCCCUUCAGAGCUGGAUUUUGUACACUCUCUCAGUCGUUGUAAGAAGUGGGGUGCUCAAGGUGGGAAGAGCAAUGUCUUCUUUGCAAAAACUUUAGAUGAUCGGUUUAUAAUCAAACAAGUUACAAAGACGGAACUAGAAUCGUUCAUCAAGUUUGGACCAGCUUAUUUCGAGUAUUUAUCUGAUUCAAUCAGUACAAGAAGCCCAACUUGCCUGGCAAAGAUUUUGGGUAUAUAUCAGGUUUCAUCGAAGCACCUUAAAGGGGGGAAGGAGUCAAAAAUGGACGUUUUGGUGAUGGAAAAUCUUCUCUUCAGGCGUAAUAUUGCAAGGCUUUAUGACCUUAAAGGAUCCUCUUGAUCUAGGUAUAACCCUGAUACAAGUGGUAGCAACAAAGUCCUUUUGGACCAGAAUUUGAUCGAAGCAAUGCCAACGUCUCCAAUUUUUGUUGGAAGCAAGGCAAAACGUUUGUUGGAAAGAGCUGUCUGGAAUGACACUUCCUUUCUUGCUUUAAUCGAUGUAAUGGAUUACUCAUUACUGGUUGGUGUGGAUGAGGAAAAACAUGAGCUGGUUCUUGGAAUAAUCGAUUUCAUGAGACAAUACACAUGGGACAAGCACCUUGAAACUUGGGUGAAAACCACAGGCAUACUUGGCGGGCCUAAAAACGAAUCUCCUACUGUGAUAUCGCCCCAACAGUACAAGAAACGAUUCAGAAAAGCUAUGACAGCUUAUUUUCUUAUGGUGCCCGACCAGUGGCCAUCUCCAACAGUUGUUCCUAGUGGAUCACAGACAGAUGUUUGUGAAGAAAAUACACAAGGCGGUACUUGUGCGUGUUGAAUGAAAAUGUAAAUCCUUUCGGACAUGGGUAUAUUCAUUUUUUAGUUCUUUUCAUAUAGUUGUAUUCAAAUAUAUAUUAGACAACAAAGCUCUUGCAAUAUGUAGGUUCAAUGCCCAUUCAUCUUUUCUUUUUUAAAUUUUGUAUUCCUUCCAAUUGUAAUUUGUAAUUGCUGCCACAGUUGUAUUAUUAUCUGUUAAUUAUUUCGUUGUAAGCAGAAA